AUGCGCAAUGCCGCCUUUGAGGAGUACUACAAGGCCCAGGAUAUCGUACCCGUGGGCGAGUGGGAGGCCUUUCUGUCCACUCUCCGCUGCCCGCUGCCAGUCACCUUCCGCAUCAAUGGCUCGGGCAAGUUCGCCGACCACCUGAGAGACAAGCUGAAACAGGACUUCUUCGCCAAACUGUGCAGCGGAGAGCUCCUGGUGAGUGGCGGCCCCCCGGCCAGUCUACCCUGGUACCCCAACGGCUACGCCUGGCAGCUGGAGUUCAGUCGCAGCCAGCUGAGGAAGAUGCCGCUGCUGAGGGACAUCCACGACUUUGUCAAGCACGCUAACGACGCGGGCAGCAUCAGUCGGCAGGAGGCGGUGUCCAUGGUGCCGCCGCUGUUCCUGGAUGUGCAGCCACAUCACCGGGUUCUGGACAUGUGCGCAGCCCCCGGCAGCAAGACCUUCCAGCUGCUGGAGGCCAUCCACGCCAACAGCCGACCCGGCCAGACGCCCCCCGGCUUCGUGGUCGCCAACGACGCCGACUUCAUGCGCUGUAACCUCCUCACCCAUCAGACGAAGCGCGUGUGCAGCCCCUGCCUGCUCGUCACCAACCACGACGCGUCCAGAUUCCCUGUGUUUCUGGCGGGGGCGCCGACGGCGGCGGCACAGGCAUCGGCGGCGGGGGGGGCAUCGGCGCCGCCUCCUCGACCGCCGCGCUACACGGUUCGUUUUGACCGCAUCCUCGCGGAUGUUCCUUGCUCUGGUGACGGCACUUUGCGUAAGAGUCCGGAUAUCUGGCGCAAGUGGAAUGUGGGUGGCGGGAAUAGCCUGCAUUCCGUUCAGUUGAGGAUUGCGAUGCAUGGAGCCAAACUGCUGGAGGUUGGUGGCCGGAUGGUGUACAGCACGUGUACAUUCAACCCCGUGGAAGACGAGGCCGUGGUUUCGGAGCUGCUGUUGCGUUGCGGCGGCGCACUAGAGCUCCUGGAUGUGAGCGACUGCAUGCCUCAGCUGCGGCGCAUGGCGGGGAAACACACGUGGCAGGUCCGAGACCGUUACAGGUUUUACAGCAGCUGGGACGAGGCCCGGGAGACUGGAUACAAGCUGGAGGAGUCCAUGUUCUCUAACCCAGCCAAGGCGGCACUCCCCCUGGAGCGAUGCAUGCGCUUCCUUCCGCACCACGGCGAUACAGGCGGGUUUUUCGUUGCCGUACUUCGCAAGGUCUCGGAGCUG